CGGGGAAGGGCCCCAGUUCAAGCAGAUUCAGAGGUGGGGCGCCCCGUCCAGCGCCGCUGUGUGCCCCAAUGGGAGGGGGGGAAUGAGAAGCUCCCUCGGGGAAUCACCAUGGGGAGUGGGUGGGGCUAAACGCGGAGGGGCGUGGCCAGCAGGCGAAGGGGCGGGGCUGCAGCCCGUGCAUUUCAACUCAGGUGGCCGUGGCCGGGGCUCCACUCCGCCCGCGCCGGCUGUCGGGGUGGCGGUGGCUGCAGCGAGGGCCGGGGCCGGAGCCCGCGGGCGGCAGAGCGCAGAGGCGGCAGAGGGCGGGCCACGCGGUGCCGGGCGCCCGGGGCAGCCUGAUGCCCUGCCCUCCCGGCCGGAUCGCAGCGGCCGGGGCAGCGCUCCCCUUUCCCCUUCGCUGCAGGUGGCUGCCCGCGGCCAUGGAGCCCGGCGUGCGGGGGCAGCGGGCCGGCCGGGGCUGAGCGCCGAGCCGCCCGGCGCGGGCGGGCCAUGCCCCAGGGGCCGGGCUCGGCGCAGGGACCGCUGCCAAACUUCUCCGCGAGCCGAGCGCCGCCCGUGCCUAGGCAGCGCCCCGGCCCGCCGGACUCGGGGUCCCCGCCGGCGGCGGCCGGGGAGAGACUCCGCAGCUCCUGCCCGAGCUCGUCUGCUGCUGCCCCGGGCCAGCCGCGGCGCGCUGCGCUCACCAUGGUCGGCGCCGGCCGGGGGCUCCUGAGCCUGCUGCUGCUGCUGCGGCUCCCGCCGGUCGCGGCCGCCGCCGCCAAGGCGCCCGUGUGCCAGGAGAUCACGGUGCCCAUGUGCAAGGGCAUCGGCUACAACCUGACCUACAUGCCCAACCAGUUCAACCACGACACGCAGGACGAGGCGGGGCUGGAGGUGCACCAGUUCUGGCCGCUGGUGGAGAUCCAGUGCUCGCCGGACCUGCGCUUCUUCCUCUGCAGCGUCUACACCCCCAUCUGCCUGCUGGACUACGCCAAGCCCCUGCCGCCCUGCCGCGCCGUGUGCGAGCGGGCCAAGGCCGGCUGCUCGCCCCUCAUGCGCCAGUACGGCUUCGCCUGGCCCGAGCGGAUGAGCUGCGAGCGGCUGCCGGCGCUGGGGGACCCGGACACGCUCUGCAUGGAUUACAACCGCAGCGAGCCCACCGCCCCGCCGCCCGCCCUGGCCAAGCCCACCCGCGCCUCCAGGGGGCCCCAGAGGAGCCUCGCCCCGGGCGGCGGCGCGGACUGCGGCCGGGCGUGCCGCUGCACCGAGCCCUUCGUGCCCAUCGCCCGCGAGUCCCACCCGCUCUACAGCAAGAUCCGCACCGGCCAGGUGCCCAACUGCGCCGUGCCCUGCUUCCAGCCCUACUUCACCCAGGACGAGAAGACCUUCGCCAGCUUCUGGAUCGGGCUCUGGUCCAUCCUCUGCUUCCUCUCCACCUCCACCACCGUGGCCACCUUCCUGAUCGACAUGGAGCGGUUCCGCUACCCGGAGCGGCCCAUCAUCUUCCUCUCCGCCUGCUACCUCUUCGUCUCGCUGGGCUACAUCGUGCGGCUGGUGGCCGGCCACGCCAGCGUGGCUUGCAACCAGGAGUACCGCCACGUGCACUACGAGACCACGGGCCCCGCGCUCUGCACCACGGUCUUCCUCCUGCUCUACUUCUUCGGCAUGGCCAGCUCCAUCUGGUGGGUGAUCCUGUCCCUCACCUGGUUCCUGGCCGCCGGCCUGAAGUGGGGCAACGAGGCCAUCGCCGGCUACUCCCAGUACUUCCACCUGGCCGCCUGGCUCAUCCCCAGCGUCAAGGCCAUCGCCGUGCUGGCGCUGAGCUCGGUGGACGGGGACCCGGUGGCGGGGGUCUGCUACGUGGGCAACCAGAACCUGGACAACCUGCGGGGCUUCGUGCUGGCCCCCCUGGUGGUCUAUCUCUUCACCGGGACCCUCUUCCUGCUGGCGGGCUUCGUCUCCCUCUUCCGCAUCCGCAGCGUCAUCAAGCAAGGGGGCACCCAGACCGACAAGCUGGAGCGGCUGAUGAUCCGCAUCGGCAUCUUCACCGUCCUCUACACGGUGCCGGCCACCCUGGUGGUGGCGUGCUACGUGUACGAGCAGCACUACCGGGAAAGCUGGGAGGAGGCGCAGACCUGCUCCUGCCCCGGCGACCCGCGCAAGCCCAAGCCGGACUACGCCGUCUUCAUGCUCAAGUACUUCAUGUGCCUGGUGGUGGGCAUCACCUCGGGCGUGUGGAUCUGGUCCGGCAAGACGCUGGACUCCUGGCGGCGGUUCACGGGGAAGUGGUGCCGGGGGAGGAAGCCCGCCUUGUGCACCGAAGCCGGCUCCGCUCUGACCGGGCGGGCUGCGGGGGCGCCCUCCGCUUCCUACCGCAAACCCGUCCCGCUCUCUCAGGUGUGACGAGCACCCGGCCGGCUCACGGGACCGGGCCAGAGCGCCCCGCUCCAGGCUUUGCGACGCGCCAGGGGGAGCUGCGCACCGGGGGCGCGGAGGGCGGCGGCUUCACCCCGCGCUUUGGGACGGGCGGGGGGUGCUGCUGGGCCGCGCCCGAGGCCCACCGGCCGGAGGGGGGAAGAGCUGCCUGCUGAGGCCGGCCACGCUGGAGGUACAGCCCCGCCAAGGGCCGCUGUACAGUACCUGGGCUUGCGGGUAACUCCAGCCGAUCUGUUGCGCCCCUCGGGCGGGUACCAGCAGGGCCCUUGCUCUAGGGCUGGCUGGGAGACUUCAGGCCGAGCUGGCCACGGGCGGAGGUAGCAGAAAAGGGAGCCCGUUGAACGGAGACUUUCAGAAGAUCAGCUUCCAAACAAAGCCGGGGGGGGAGAAAUGCACGCGGGGCUUUCAUGGCCCUUUCGCAGACACUUGCUGCCUUUCCCGCGGGUGCGUGGGACGGGCAGGCACCGAAGCGGGACCGUUCGUGGGCGAGUCCCUUGCAGCGCCGAGAGCGGAGACAGAGCCCGGGCCCGGGGAUGAGCUGGACUCGCAGGGUGAAGCCAGGCGGACGGUCAGCGCCCGGCAAGCCGGGACGGGGGGGGAGAAGGGGUUUCCAUACGGACCAACCCUUCGUUAGGGAUCCCGAGAUUUUUAAACUAAUUCCUUUGGUCAAGGGCUUCCUGCUGGCAGGCCAGACCCCGCUGGUUGCUGAGCGAGGCAGGGGCGCACCCGUCGCACAGCGGUGCUUGAGUCCAGGGCGUGCGAACGCAAGGAGCCCCCGCUGAGCCCGCCCGGCUCCCUGGCCAGGGACCAUACCAGCGCCCGGCUCCAGGCAAGGCGGGGGGCAUUGCCCUGUCGCCCUGCGCACCCCCUCUUCCUUCGGCCCCGUGGGGCGUGUUUAAAGCUCACGGAGCUCAGCGGAAGCGGUGAUUCGUAGUUUACAGGGGGCCUUUAAGUCAGCCUGUUUAAAACGGAGUCAAUCGCCCGGGUUAGUAAAGCAGGUGGGAGGCCAGGGUGCAGUUACAGAAACCAAGUGUCCUUACACGGGGGGCUUUCAAAGAGCUGGGAGGGGGGGCGCUUCUCAUCCCCCCUUAAGGGGAAGGAGAUGGCGCCCCUGGGUGCUAAAGGUCGUUUAUUGGCGCUGCGCAUUUGCAACCUGGAAGUUUUGCCGCCGUCUUGAGCAGGGCAAAGGUCGGUGCCUGCCCCAGCCUGCCAGGGUGGAGUUUACUGCCGCCUUUUCUCCCGCUUUCCCUCCUGUUUCUUGCAGUGGGUUAGGGCCCAAUCGCCUGACACGCGAGAGACAGCUCUUAGCGGAAAGGCUCCAUCUCUGGGCCCACGCUGCCAAGCCCAGAGGGGCUGGGCUGGCCCUGGCCGCAGGGGGAGAUGCCUAGCGGCUGCUCAAAGCACCCUUUAGCCUCGUUUCAGAGGAACAGCCCUGUUAGUCUGUAUUCGCAAAAAGAAAAGGAGUACUUGUGGCACCUUAGAGACUAACCAAUUUUGAAUUGGUUAGUCUCUAAGGUGCCACAAGUACUCCUUUCCUUUAGCCUCGGUGGCUGCCGCCUGCAGUAGCCCUGGUCCUGCUUUUCACGCCCACCGGGGAACGAUUGAAACCGGCUUUGGCAUUUCCUCCUCCGCUCUGUUCCCGGCAGGCUGCCGUCCGCAUUCAGCAGUCGGGCUGGGCUGGGCAGCUGCUGGAAACAGCGGCCCCCCAGGACGGGCAGUGGGGCUGGAGUGGGGCCGGGGUAAAACGCUCUAAAGCCAAAGCAGCUGCCGCUUGCGCUGCUCCCCCCGGCCGGGCUGUGCCAGCAGCUGUGGGCAGAGCAGGGGCGCUCUCGGCCUGGCUGCCCCGACUUGGACCAACUACUCUGGGGCCCUUUCCCUUUCGAUCCCAUUUCAAAAAGGAGAGGCCUUAGCAGGAGUGUAGCUUUGCCUCAGCUCGUGUCAAUUUCACGGGCUGCUAGGACUCUGCUGAGCCCUCAGGGAGCAACAGGCCAGUUCGCCGGUGGUUUUCGGCCUGUGGGGAGAGACGAGCUUCUCGCCCGUUCCCCUGGAAAGCUGGCAGGAGCGUCCCACUGCUCCCUGCUCCUGAACCUUGCACAGGAGUGCCAGGGAGAGGGAGCUUCCCCUCCCUGUGCAACUGCCUGACCCCUGAUGCAGAUGUAGUAGCUUACUCCCCGUGAAGGCAGCCAGGGCCCAGCAGGCCGGAGUCACAGGACUGAGCGAGGCUGGAGGAAGGAGCUAUUGUCAAACGGGGCAGUCCGCUUUACCCAGAAGCGGGAGCUGGAUGUCAAGCUCCUGGCUGCUAAGAAGCCCCCAUCCCUGCACCAGCCUCCAGCUCUGAUGCAAUGUGUCAGCAGCCCAGCACCAGCUUUUGGACUAUAAGGUGGUGCAGCUUUAAAGCAGGCACUGACCGUGAGCCCUCAGUCAGGGGGGCCCCCAUGGCAAGGGGGCAGGGCUGAUGCAUCGACCUUCUCUAGGCAGCACCACCACUGACCUGCACUCCCAGCCUCAAAAAUGGACACAGCCCCUCCCCGCAGCGGCAGGAUAUUUCAAUGACCUGCUUUUCCUCCCCCCCAACUCCAGCGGCCCCUUUCGCUCGGUGGGCAGCAGAGGGAGGGGAAGCGCUAAUAAACCCUGAUUUCCCACAAGCAGCUAAAGGCACGUGUUCUGCACCACCUCAGAUGGCCGCUCCAGCCAGGCGGCGCCAGAGAGCAACUGCUCGGGUAGCGGAACUCCCCUGCCAUGGGCAGGGUUUGGAAGCUCUACGCGCCCCCUUCCUCCCAAGGUAGCUCUCUAGACAAGCUCUCCGCCCCCUGCAGACACAAAGGGAUGGGAAGCGAGCCUGCUGCCAGCCAGAAAACCAAGGAUGGCCAGGUCUUGCCUAUCCAGUGGGGGGAGGCAGUAUGAACAAGCCCCCACCAGCUUGACAAUAACUUCCCCCAGCACAAGUGAGCAGCAGCUGGGACCCAGGGGCACUGCAAUGCAGUGAGUGUACAGUACUUCACCUGGAGAUGGUUCUGUUACACCCUGUAAAUAAUUGUACUAGGGAAUCUGGUCUGUAUAUACUAGAGAGUUUUAGUGAACUUUGAUACGGGUUUGUUCUCACUAAACAAGGCAGCUUCAUCCUAGCUACACUGGGGCUAGUAGUAGAGUGUAGUCCAGGGCCCUGACUCAUAUUCAUGCCAUCUUAACUGGGUCUUGCUGUAGUGGCCUUUUGUAGAUACAGCUGGACAUGCUUCAUGCAAUACCUCGAACUAAACCACAUCGAAGGACUUUUCUUCAAGUGUAACUGCCUCAGUGUAGGUUUGUUUUUUAAAUGAGCUGCAAACUGUGGACUGCUGAAAAACAUGAGCAUAGUUGAAGCAAGGGGCAGGGUAGGUGUGGCCUAGUGAAAUCUUUGCUACAGACAAUCAUAACGGCUGAAGCUUUACGUGCCCCUGGCUUUCAGGAUUCUCCCAAGUUUUGGAUUCUCCCAAGUUUUCACCACUGCACUGCGAGUGGCAGCAACUAAAAGCAGACGUUGUUUUGUGCCGCAGGGGGUAGGGCCAACACCUACGCAUUAGACUUCACCUCCUUCACUUGCUGCCCCUGUGACUUUUUUUGUUUUUAAGAAGUAAACUUUGUAUGUAUUCUAUUUUGUGAAAAGUUAAGAAAAUCUGAGAUUUUAUUCAAAGAAAAAAAUAUGGAGAUUAGCUAUUUAUGAGAAAACAAAAAGUGUCUAUUUUUGUUUCUUUGUUCCUGAUGAUGGUAGAGCAAAAUAAAACAAACAGAGGGGAAAAUGAGAACAUGCUGGAGAAUGUUUUUUCCCCAGUUUCUUACCAGCAGGAGGCACUGAAAGCGAUGGGUUGAGAAUAGCCCUGAGGCAAUGAAAUGGGGCUUACAGGAGUAGUUAGCUCCAUGAAGAUAUUCCCACAUUAGGGACUCCAGGCGUUAUUAUACAAAUAAUAAACAGGUCACAUUUCCCUGCAGGAAACAGGAAUGCAGCUAGUGGAAUCCCACCAGAAGUCCUCACACAGGUUAUAAACAAAGCCUUCUAAGGAAAUGCUACAGAAAUGGGGGCAGUGGGGGGAGGUAGAGAGAGAGAGAGCGCGCUUGGGUCUGUUCUGUGACUUAAAAAAAGAGAGGGUAAACAUACUAGCAGAUCAAGAGUUGCUUUCAAGGCAAGUGUUGCUGGUGGCUUGUGUCCAUAACAGCUCUUGUAAAGUGCACUGCCCUGACUGUUCAGGAUUACACCCCAUAGUUAGAGCAUAGGCCUUACUAUAAAAUGUACUGGUCUUUUGACUUGGAAUAGUGUCAGGCCCCUAUCUAGCAAUAAACUCAAGCACCGUACACGUGUCCCUCAGUACGUACCAGUUAACACAGGCUACCAAGUGUCUACCAACUAGGAGUGUAUGCCAAUCUCAGUCCUAUAUCCAGAUUUGAUGCAGACCCACAUAAUCUACAAGGCAGACCCUGGAAAUCUUCCUCAGCAGGAGGUAACAUCUCAUUUUGCAAGGAUUCAGUCUAAAGAUACUGAUGCUGUAGGAAGAGCAUUUAAAAUAGGGAGGCAAUACUUGCUCACUUGUGACUAAUCAACACUCAGCUAUCCAGUUAGCUUUGAAGUGUACACACCUAGCAUCCACUGGAUUUCUGUCACCCCAGUGCUAUCAGAAGUGAUCUUAAACAAAAGAUAGUGGACAAAAUGCAGAUACUGACCCCCAAGAUUACGAUUCCAAGGCACCAAUACCUGUCUGGCCAUUCUCCAUCAGUGCAAAGAAGAUGGUCACAGGGUCUGAUCCUGCUGUGCGUCAAGAUCCACAACUUCCUUUGGGCAGCACCUCUCAGAAUGGGGCCUUUUCUGAUAAACUAGGGCACACUCACUUUCUUUUAAAUACACGCUUUAAAACACACACUGAGUCUUGUCUUGUUCCAGCCUUCCCCUCUCCUAGACUCUGGCAUGCUCUGGGAUUUGGAGGCCUGGAGCUGCAGGGGCAAUCAGAAGGCAUAAGGGAAUAGGAGGUGUGCAGAAGUAGCACACAAGGUUUCGCAUAGCACUGGUCCAGAGUUCAUCCCUACAGGUGGGGAAGGAAGCUGGUUAUUGUACAUGGCAGGUUGCUAGUCACCUGAGGUAAUGAGUCCCUUACUAACAAGUAAGGUAUUGGAAUAGUUUAUCCCACGAUUAGGCAUCUCAUCACUAAUCUAGAUCUCCCAGGGUCUGUUCCAUCCUUCUCUGUCUAUUCAGACGAAUCUCAGGAAGCUGCUGCCUUUUCCAUUGUCUUGUACAGCACCAGUCACAGCACGUAAGAGCUGGCAGGGAACAAGUGCUGGCAAGAUCUUAGUCUUGUGAGGUGAAAAAGCUGCCGUAAAUUUAGGAACUGUACUACAGGGGAUAAACUCAUGUAUCUUCGAUUAGUCUCCUCCUCCUGCUGCCCUUCCCCCCUCAGCCCAGCUGCCCUAGAACAAGGCAUAGCAGUUACAGACUGACACAUUAGCCUAAUCAGCUACCCAGUACAGCAAAUCAGCAGUAAUUCAAUGGAGCCACAAAGGUGUGUGUGACAGGAAGAUCAGGUCCAAUGACCCACAGCGCCUAGAACUUUUAAGAUACCAUGCAUCAUGAGAAAGGAAGGUAAACAUUGUGAGCGCUAAGGACAAGAGUGACAACACUCUUCAGAAAAGAGGGGUGUAAUUUGGUGUACUCUAUAAACCCUUUCUGCAUUUAGCUCUGGCAUGCCACUUGGCAGGAGAACAUAUACCACAUAAGGAUGGAUAUAUUUCUUACAAAAACUGGGUACAGGUCACUCAAGAACUACCUGAGUGACAGGGAAUGGAUCACUUGAUGAUUACCUGUAUUGUUCAUUCCCUCUGGGGCACACUGUCCACUGUCAGAAGACAGGAUACUGGGCUAGAUGGACCUUUAGUCUGACCCAGUGUUGUCGUUCUUACAUGGAAAUUAGGUCUGAACAGAUGAUACCACUUCCUUUCUGGUGGAGCUCUCUCCACUACUCAGAUCUACCCUUCAGCAUUGAUCAGCAGCCAUCCCUACCUAAGUGCUUGGAACAUACUCUGUAGCACUUACUCCACCUCUCCUUCAGUGCUUGCCUGAAAUCACUCCCUUCUCCUCCUCCACUUGCCCACAUUAUGCCUGUUCUUGGUAAAAAUAUGGGUGGUGUUGACAUUUAUUCUAUCCCAGGAGUACUUGUCCUCUUAACCCCUUCAAGUGGCUUUGGUGGGUCUCAUGCCCAAUUGCCUUAGCAACAAGACACAUAGUUUCUGUAUCUAAAAGGAAAGGUUGCGCUGAAGCAAGUUUGCAUUCUAUCAGACUAACCACAUAUCAACGAAUGGUGGGUAGCGUGUUGAUCUCCACCUAACACUACUUGUGGAUGGGAGCUGAGUGGAUUCUAACUAGCCUGCACUAAAGCAAGAAAGCAGCUGGGCAAUUUGUUGUCAGCGAUUGAGUGUCAUAGCUACGACUGGAAGAUGACAGUGCUGCAGCUCAAUAAAGAUUUAAGUAUCCAA